UUCAGAGGAAGAAACCGCCCUCUACGGUAUGUCCUUUCACACCUGUCAAUGAAGGCAACAUUGAUAGUAGGUUAACGGAAACAAAUUUGUCUACUUCAGGCCCAUUGGUGUCAGUAAAAGCAUCUUCACUUGACUCUAGCUACAAUUUUUCCUGAUUUGUUAUACUGAUGAAGGUGGAUGGAGAAAAUGGUCCAUGGGUUUCCCUGCUUUUUUUGUGCAGUGCCUUUCCCACUAUGAGAACAAGUAAGAUUUUUUUUUUUUCCUGCACAUAAAAUGAAAGAAGACCUGCAAAAAUAAAGGGACAGAACAGGGACAGGAAUGAUUGGGAAUAUUUGCAAAUAUCCAGAACCAUAGGGAGAAGUGUUUAUUGUUAAGAUACAAAGGAUGCUGAAGUGAUGUGCAUUGGGCAUCACCUUAGUGAUUUUAGUCACUUUUGAGUCUACAACAGACUUAAUGGAGAACUAGCAAAAUAGCUCAGCAGCUUUUGGAGAAAGUUGCUAAAUCAAGCAGCUGUCCAGGAGGUGUUUCUGGCAAUACACCUCUCAAGAAAGAGAUCUAUUAAGUUUUUAUUUAUCUAGCUUUUCUGGUGUGUUCUAAUAGGACAGGUUCUCAAGACUCCAAAGAUAGGCUGGAUUCACUGUAUCCAGUAUUAAACCAGCUACAGUAACUUUGAAAUAGAAAACAAACAACAACAAAAAAAACUAGUCCUUACUUGUUGAUGCUUGAGGCCUCCAAGAAUUGCUUUGAAGGGUGUCAGAGCAGGAAUCCAGAAAGCCUUGUACCACAGUUUAUUCAACCAUUUUUUUAAAUUGGCCAUUCCAUUUUUUUCUUCUGUUUGCCUCUACAAGUGGUGCUCUAGUAGAUAAUAUGCAUCCUUAUAAACUAGUAUUUUCUAUAGGAUAGUCACAAAUUGGGGCCAUUGGGUCAAAGGGCAUUGAAAAUGAUGCAUAUUUUAAAUUGCCAUAGGUGGUCAGGUUACUUGACAAAAAGAGUUUGUCAGUAUACCCUCCCACCAACCAUACAUGAGUGCCCAUUGCCCAGCUUCCUUGCCGGAAAAAGGUUAAAAAGAACAAUAGUUGUUCUUUUUAACUUUUGCCAAUCUGAUGGGUAGGAAAAAUGGCAUGGGUUAUUUUUUUAAUUCCAAUUUUUCAGUUAGUGAGGUUGAUCAUCAUGUUUACAUAUAUGAACUGCCUAUCACAGCUGUUGGCCAAUUUUAUUGGAAUUAUAUAUUUUUUCUUAUCAUUUCUAGGAGCAGGGUGAACAGAACUAUUCCGGUUUUAUUCUUCUGUUGAGACCGUUUAUCUACUGGAAUUUAUUUUUGCGUAUAGUAUGAGACAGGGGUCAGAGUAUUUCAACAGUCAGGCAUACAAAGAGCUAAAACAAACUUUAAAAGGGCGAAGGAGCGGCGAAAGUUCGAUUCCACUCCAGGCGUUUAUACAAGCAGGAUUAAGGUCAGAUCUUCAAACCAUUUCCGGUACAGGUCAAAACUGUCAGGGGGUGAGAACUACUUGUAACGCAGCAAGUCUAGCACUUUAUGUUUCAGCUCCGUACUGUCAUCGGGAUGAUGAGAUGGUUUCCUAUCUAGGAACGGUGGGUGGGGUUACUCUCCUCACUUCCAGUCCUGGGGUAUCUACCCACCGAGAAAGCAGCCUACAGAGGGCGCUCAAAACAUCCCAAACUCACAGACCGCACCUCCCCGACAGAACAGCCCAACAGCGAAAGGCUGGGAAGAGCGACGACGCUCUGCGCAUGUGCGCUCUCCGGGGGUCGAAACUCGGACAGGCGCUGUUUACCAAGUUGCGUCUUCCAGAGGGCGGCGCAUGCGCAAGCUCAGUUUCUGGGCGCUGUGCGUCUUUGUAGGUCGGCGCGGGGCGCAGGGGCUGUUGGGAAGAUGGCGAGGGUGGGUCUGCUCUCUUGGGUACCUUGUCGCAGGUGGGGCUGGAUGGCCGUCUCCUUCGGCUUCCACCGUGGGCUCAGCACGUUACUUGCACCGAAGGCCGAGCGGGCGCCACGGUGGCUCCCAGCUUGCAGACAAAAGACAUCAAUCUCUUUCCUUAGUCGACCAGACCUUCCAAACCUGGCUUAUAAGAGGCUAAAAGGCAAAAGUCCAGGAAUUAUCUUCAUCCCUGGCUAUAUGUCUAAUAUGAAUGGUACAAAAGCAUUGGCGAUUGAGGAGUUUUGCAAAUCUCUAGGUCACGCCUAUAUAAGGUUUGAUUACUCAGGAGUUGGAAAUUCAGAUGGUAACUUAGAAGAAUGCACAGUGGGAAAAUGGAGAAAAGAUGUUCUUUCUAUAAUUGAUGACUUAGCUGAAGGACCACAGAUACUAGUUGGAUCUAGCCUCGGUGGAUGGCUUAUGCUUCAUGCUGCAAUCGCACGGCCACAAAAGGUUGUUGCUCUUAUUGGUGUAGCGACAGCUGUGGAUAGCCUAGUGACACAGUUUAAUCAGCUUCCUGUUGAGGGCUCUAAAUUUCACUUGUGGGACUAAGACCCUAGCAGAAAGAAAAACAGUCGGAGCAGUGGUUCAGAAAGUGCAGGCCCGAGGCCAGCAGCAACAGCAUCACCUGAGAACUUGUAGAAAUGGAUAUUCUUGAGCUUCACCAAGACCAGCUGAAUCAGAAACUGGGAGUGGGGCCCAGUAAUCUGUUUUAACCAAGCCCGCAGGGGAAGUGUGAGAACCACUGCUCUACAGAGUGGGGGAGCAGGAGGGGGAGGAAAAGCAAAAGAAGAAAAAAAGCCUGUGUGGUGUUGAAUGGUGGAAUGUCAUUGAAUUUGCCUCAAGUUCGGCAUUGAAUUCAGUGCCAUGUACUCUCUGUUCUGUUUAUUCUUAGUUCACAUUGUUCUUUCCAUUUCCUUAAGAAUGGCAUUGUCUGCAUAGUCAGGUUCUUCAUAUGAUUUCCUAUCAGAGCUGAAAUUACAAAGCUGAUCUUCUUUGCACUUACCUCCUAUUUCUGAAUUGUUUUCACUUUCUUGAUUGUUUCUUAUACAUGGUUGCUCCAUGUCCUCAUGCUGCUAAUUUUUCCUACCAUUGUAUCCUUCUGCAUGUAAACCUUGGACCCCUUACUCUGUUCUCUAACUCAGUCAUGCAGUGCUUCUCAUGAUAGGAAAUUAUUUCAAGAAGAUGGCCUACUGGAAAAGAAUUGAUUAAACAAUUUUGGGAGGUUAUUGGUAAAUGACAAGAUCUGUGUACAUUUAUUUUUAUGUGUGUGUAUCCGUCACUCAGAGGGAAGAUAUGGUAGAUAACCUGUAAGUGACUGAGAAGAUCUAUAGCCUGCAAAUCAGGGUACAUCUUUGCUAAUCCUAAAUCAGACCAGCAAAAAUCCUUAAACAGAAACAUGUUGACCCUUAUUAACUUAAAAGCAUGUGUAAAGAAAGAGCAGAGACACUAGGACCACUAUCUCUUCUUCUCCACAUAGACAGCCAGUACUAGCAGUGUCAAGGGAAUGGAGGUGGAGGUUUUUACUGUCUUCUUUAGCCCUGGGAAUGUUAAGACCCAGCAUUACUCAUUAUGUAGGAACUUGACUUACCUCUUAACUAACUCUAAUCAUUGUCUGCUUCUUUGGACAGUAGAGGGCGUCAGGCAGGUUGCACAGCUGUUGGAGUCUAAGCUUCACAGCCACAUUGCCUUGUUAGUUUCUUCUUGGUGUAGAAAUUAUGUAUAUUGUACAUUUUCUCUGAUUAAUACUGUUUUUGCUAUUUCUGUACUUUCUGAGGCUUUGGGACAUAUAAGAUUUUGUUAAGUUUGUUCUUCAAAUGGACAAUAUUCAUUCAACUCAAUAGCAGAUAACAGAGCUAGUUGGGGUGGGCAAUGAUGCUUAAAAUACAACUAUUAUUAAUUAUGUCUCAGUAAUUAACAUAGUUCCCACUUCAUCUAAUAAUCAAUGAGACUAAGUUCUUAUUACUGAAAUUACCAAUUCAGGAACAGUCAUGAGUAGCUUGAAGGUAACAGAAUAUCAUUUUUACUUUAAAUAUUUGAUUCAUAUGUUGCUUUAAUGCAAAGUACCCCAUGAUACUAAUAUAGGUUCAUAUAUUUUAUAGUUUUUUUAGGCUUCCACUAAUUUUAAAUCAUUUGGAUAUAGAUAUUUAGACGUCUAGGUUUCAGAUAUACAGCUUUUACACUGAAUCAAAUCUUUUUGGAAUUUUAUAAAAGACAUUAAAAUUCCUAAGUACACAGAUUAUAUCAUACAUAUUUUACUGUUUAAAUUCAUUUUUGCCUCUUUGUAUUUGUAAUAAGUCAACAAUUUUAAAUGUGGAAAAAUCAUAAUGUUUUCAUUGAAAAUUUAAAUACAAAAUUCUUGAAAUAUGUUGUAUGUAGCUUUUCUUUCCUUAUAUUUUUCUUUAUUUUUGAUAAGAUGUCCAUCUGUUUUUCUAGACAGAAAUGCCCUUCAUGUUAUAUGGUUGCAAGAGGCUUAAAGCUAUUUACAUCUUGAUUUACUAGUUCAAGUUGUGAUAAUCUUUCCAAAGAAUUUAUUAUAUGCAUAUAAACCUUUAUGUUCAAAGAUGUUCAUGGAAGUAUUCAGCAGUGUGGGAAUGGUCAAGUUAAUUAUCUUAGAUGCAUUAUAGUGGACAAUUAUGCAGCCUUUAAAAACUUUUAAUAGAAUCUUUUAAAACCCAGAAAUAUAUAUAUUGAAUAAAUAAACCAGCGCUGAAAACUGUAUAUGAAUUGUAAUAGCUAAGUGUUUUACAUAUUGUAUAUAUAAAAACCAAACACAUAUAGAAAAAUACUGGAAGGAAAUAAGCCAGAAUAAUAAUGGUUGUUAUAUCCACGAAAUAGGAUUAUGGUGAUUUAUUUAUUUUUAUGCUUUUUUUUUUUUUAAAAAAAGGUAGAGUUUUUUGGUUUUGUUUUUAAUAAAUUUAUUUAUUUAUUUAUUUUUGGC